AUGGAGUUUGGACUGUAUGACCAGUUGAUGGUGGAGCUGAGGAAUGAAGACCCUCGUGCAUUCCAUCACUUCAUGAGGAUGCCACCAGCCAUGUUUGAUGAACUUGUAGAGCGUCUGAGACCCAGGUUGACCAAGGCUAGCACCAACUUCCGUCCCAACCUGGACCCUGGACUGAAGGUGGCACUGACUCUGCGGCACCUGGCCUCUGGAACCACAUAUAGAAACAUGCAGUAUGCAUGGAGGGUGCCACACAACAGCAUCAGCAAAGUCGUCAGAGAAGUGGUACAGGCCAUCGUUGAAGAAUACGUGGACGAACUCCUCAGGUGCCCCACCACUGAACAAGGCUGGAGACAACUUGCAGAGGAUUGGUAUCAGAGGUGGAACUUUCCCCAUAUCGUUGGAGCCAUAGAUGGGAAGCACGUGGCCUGCAAAGCUCCAGCCAACUCAGGGUCCACUUAUUACAACUACAAGGGCUUUUUCAGUAUCAUCCUCUUUGCCAUGGUUGAUGCUGACUACAAGUUCAUCUACAUCGAUACUUCAGGCAACGGGUCAGCUUCAGAUGCCCAGAUAUACAAUGCAAGUGACCUCAAGGAUGGGCUGGAACGCAACCUCAUCAUGGGUUUUCCAGGUCCAGACCCCCUUCCCAAUGACACACAAGAUGUGCCCUACUUCAUCAUUGGUGAUGAUGCGUUCUCCCUCAGAACCUACCUCAUGAAAGCGUACAGUUCAAGAUACCUCACCCGUGAAGAGAGGAUCUUCAACUACAGGCUGUCCAGGGCAAGACGGGUGGUGGAGAACGCCUUUGGCAUCCUGGCCAACAGGUUUCAGAUACUUCUCACCACCAUGCAGCAUGACCCAGAGACUGUGAGGAGCAUCGUGGAAGCUUGA